AUGGAAACACCAUAUGCAAUAUUUGCAUUCAUAGUUUUGUCAAUAACGCUUGUAUGGGCAUGGAGCAUGUUGAAUUGGAUAUGGUUGAAACCAAAGAAGCUAGAAAAGUUGCUAAGGGAACAAGGCCUUAAAGGGAAUCCAUAUAGGUUACUAGUUGGCGACAUAAAAGAUCUUCUUAAGAUACAAAAAGAAGCAUCAUCUAAACCCAUGAAUCUCUCUGAUGAUAUAGUGCCUCAUGUGUUUCCCUUUGCCCAACAAAGUGUUGCAAAACAUGGAAAGAAUUCUUUUAUCUGGUUGGGACCAAUACCAAGAGUGAUCCUCACAAAUCCUGAACUUAUUAAAGAAGUUUUCAAUAAAAUUUAUGACUUUCAAAAGGCAAAUUCAAAUAAACUUAUUAGAAUACUAGCUACUGGUCUUAUAGUCCAUGAGGGAGAAAAGUGGAGCAAGCAUAGGAAGAUAAUCAAUCCUGCAUUCCAUUUAGAAAAAUUGAAGUUGAUGUUACCAGCGUUCUUUCAAAGUUGUGAUGAUUUGAUUAACAAAUGGGAGGGAAUGUUAUCGUCGGAUGGAUCAUGUGAAGUUGAUGCAUGGCCUUUUGUUCAAAAAUUGGCAAGUGAUGCGAUUGCUCGAGCAGCUUUUGGAAGUAGUUAUGAAGAAGGAAUGAGAAUAUUUGAACUUCAAAAGGAGCAAGCUGAACUUACAAUGAAAGUUUUGAUGACAGGUUACAUUCCUGGUUGGAGGUUUCUACCAACUGUUACAAAGAAAAGGUUGAAGGAAAUUGAUAGAGAUGUAAUAGUUUCCUUAACUGAUAUGAUUAACAAGAGAGAAAGAGAAAUUAAGGCCGGUGAAGCCACAAAGAACGACUUGUUAAGCAUUCUUCUCGAGUCAAAUCACAAGGAAAUUAAAGAAAACAAUAAUAAGAAUGUUGGAAUGAACCUUGAUGAUGUGAUCAAGGAAUGCAAGUUGUUCUAUCUUGCGGGAGAAGAAACCACUUCAGUUUUACUUGUUUGGACAAUUAUAUUAUUGAGUAGGCAUCCGAGUUGGCAAGUUCGUGCAAGAGAGGAAGUUCUACAAGUUUUUGGCAACAAUAAACCAGAUUUUGAUGGACUAAGUCGUCUUUAA